UGGUGCAGCUCCUGAGCGCCGAGGCGUGGGGCAGCUUUCAGCAGCGCGCCGCGUUUCCCCUCUAACUUUCUCCACUCGUUUUCACCGAGCUGUGGAUGUUUUCUCCUGCCUGCGAGAUGCGGCUCUCCGGCGGCUCCUGCUUCACCUGCUUCUUUGUGCUCGCACUGACGCUGACUGACGGCUCCUCAGCGCAGCUUUUUGACAGCUUUGGACUCAGCUAUGGCUUGAGAUCGGAGCUGUCUGAGGAUGCCAUACUCGUGGCUAACAAUGGAAUACGGGUCCCUUUCGGCAGGUCAGUUUUCGUUGAUCCUGUUAACGAUUUGGUCAUCCAGGUCCAGCCCGGAGACAAGUGCACCUUAACAGUUCUGGAUAAUGACCCUCUGUCACAGAGACCGGGGCAGCUGUCUCCUAAAAAGUUCCCCUGUGAGUUUGGCCCCAACGAUGUGAAGUACUCGCACUUCGGGUCCAGGAGUCCGUCCAGAGACAGAGUGCGGCUACAACUUAGGUACGACACGCAGAGCCACACUGUGAUCAUACCGUUCAUGAUGGAGGUGGAGGUGAUCUUCACUCAGCUGGAGAUUCUGACCAAAAACAUGCCCCUCGUUGUGGAAAAGCUGCUUGGGAUAAGUAAUCCUAUCGAUAGGAAAAUUCUGGAGUUCACAUAUGAUAGGAAUACAUAUCAGUGCAAAGUAACGUCUCUUGCCAGUGUCAGUGCUUUGCCCAGGUAUGGAAAGCUCAUUGAUGAAGGUAAACUAGGCAAAAUGAUUGACUGUGAUGAAUUUGUCAGGCUGAACGUUCGCUACCAGCACACUUUCGCCCACCGCUCACCGAACCGAGACUAUAUCCCAAUGUACGUAGAACUACAAGACAAGGAAAGUAACGUCAUAAGGCAGGAGUUUUUCCAAAUUAUGGUGCGCAUUAAAGAGGGGGAGGAAAACACUGCCCCCAAACCCAGCUUUGUGGCUAUGAUGAUGAUGGAAGUUGAUCAGUUUGUGAUGACCGCUAUAACUCCGGACAUGCUCGCCGCUGAGGACGUGGAAUCCCCACCUGAUGACUUAAUCUUUAACAUUACCUCUCCUCUGUCUUUUGAGGAGGGCUACAUUGUGAGCACAGAUGACAGGAAUUUGCCCAUCACGUCCUUCUAUCAGGGGGAUCUGAAGGAUCUUAAAAUAGCGUACAAGCCUCCGUCUGUGGAUUCGGACAGUGAGAGAAUUUUCCAAAUUGAGUUUGUGGUCGUAGACACAGAGGGAGCCGUCUCAGACCCCUUCGCUUUCAUGAUCGUGGUUAAGCCCAUGAACACGUUGGCUCCAGUUGUGACUCGAAAUACAGGGCAGCUGCUGUAUGAGGGCCAGUCUAGACCGCUGUCCAGUUUGCAGAACCUGCAGAUUAGCGACGAGGACAAUUUAGAUGAUGUGAAAGUCACAGUGAUAGAUGGGCUGAGGCAUGGGGAGCUCACCGUGCUGGGCUCCAGGAGAAAAUUCUUCACGCCGGCAGAUCUUGACCUCGGCUCUGUCAUCUACCAGCACGACGGCAGCGAUACGUACAGUGACAACAUCAUUUUCCGCAUGACAGAUGGCAGACAUGAAGUAGAGUUCCUUUUCCCCAUAACUGUGGUGCCAACUGAUGAUGAGCCGCCUAUUAUCAAUGCCAACACAGGCUUAGUGCUGUUUAAAAACCAGAUGAUGCCUAUUUCUGCUUUAAUGCUCAGUGCCGCUGAUAUUGACUCUGAGGACUCCACCAUCAAAUUUAUUAUGGAGCCUCCUUUCUCAACUAUAGGGGAGGUGCUGCUCCGUCAGUCUGAUGCUCCAGAAGAUCCAUCCACAUGGAGGUUCAAUUCUGAAGAUGAAAUGUAUGAGAAGGCAGUGACAGAGUGGCUCCAACAAGACAUUACAGAUGGGAAGCUGUUUUAUAGGCACAUUGGGCCUCACAACACCGAAGCCGUUAUGGAUCAGUUCGUCUUCCGAGUUCAAGAUGAUAAUGACCCACCGAAUCAGUCUGGGGAGAGCUCUUUUAUUAUUAAAAUUCUCCCUAUUGAUGACCUCCCGCCUAAGCUUUACCCUGGCACCACCUUACAGCUGACUGUACAUGAGUACCAGCUCACAUACUUUCGCAAGAAAUUCCUACGUUACACGGAUUUGGACUCCGAAGACAGGGAUUUAAAAUACACCAUCACUCAGCCACCAACAGACACAGAUACCAACAGCCCCGGUAUCCUCGGAACCAUCGUUUUGACUGAGAGUCCAAAUAUGGAGGUCACGGAGUUCACACAAGCACAGAUAAACCACCAUAAGAUAUCAUACAAGCCUCCUGAUCUAGAGCUGGGAAUAACUCCGCAUGUGGUGCAGUUCCAGUACACAGUUGAAGAUACAGCAGGAAACAGUGUCGACGGAACGUUCACCAUUUUCCUGCAGCCUGUCGACAACAAGCCCCCCCAAAUAACCAACACCGGCUUCACUGUGUUGGAGAGGGGAACUCAUGUCAUCACAUACUCCGAGCUUCAUACCACAGACCCCGACACUGAUAGCAAAAGAAUAUCCUUCACGCUCACCCAGCCUCCUACGCAUGGUCAGCUCCAAUACACGUUCACCAUCCUCACUAAAGGGGAUUUGUUCAAUCUGGACGAUAUUUCCAACGGCAGGAUCUCUUACGUUCACAAUGGAGAUGAGUCAACCAAUGACUUCUUUCAACUUGAUGUAAGCGAUGGGAUCCAUAUUGUCACAAUUACUAUUAGGAUAACUGUGAAGCCCGUCGAUGAUGAGGUUCCAACCAUAAGCCUUCCAGAAGGUACUAUCGGCUCCUACAUUGAUGUUUUAGAGAAUGGAGCUACGGAGAUCACCACUAAUGUCAUUCAAGGACGAGAUGAGGACACCGAUGACCUCAGACUGACCUUUAUAGUGGAGGAUCCCCCAGUGUUUGGUGAAAUACUGGUGAAUGGAGUGCCGUCCAACAGAUUUACGCAAGCAGACAUCAUCAGUGGCUUAGUAGUCUAUGCGCACACAAGUGGAGAAAUUGGCCUCACCACAAAAGAAGACUUCUUUAAUCUGACGCUUACAGAUAUGUCUGAUGAGUGGACUGUCGGAGGCAAUAAAAUCAAGGGUGUUCGAGUGCAGGUAACUAUUUUGCCAAUAGACAGCCAAGCCCCUGAGGUGUUUGUAGGCCCCCAAUUCAGCGUGAUUGAAGGUGAGAAAAAUGCCAUUCAGAUAUUGCACAUAAGCGCUGAUGAUAUUGACACUCCCAACGAUGACCUUUUGUGCACGAUCAUCGUUCAGCCUACGUCUGGAUACUUGGAGAACAUAUCACCUGCUCCAGGGUCAGAGAAAUCCAGGUCAGGAAUUGCUAUUAGUGCGUUCACCAUCAAAGACAUCAAACAGAACCAUAUCUACUAUGUACAAAGCAUUCACAGAGGAGUGGAGCCAGUUGAGGACAGGUUCACUUUCAGAUGUUCUGACGGCAUCAAUUUCUCAGAGAGACACUUUUUCCCCAUUGUGAUAAUUCCAUCCAAUGAUGAAAAGCCAGAGAUCCACAUGAGAGAGUUUGUGGUGAUGGAAGGCAUGAACGUGGUGAUUGACACUCCUAUUUUGAAUGGCUUGGAUGCAGAUAUUCCUACAGAUGAGUUGACCUUUAUUAUCACUAAACCCCCAAAACAUGGCUUUAUUCUAAAUCAGUUAACGUCUGGCACUGUUCCAGUAACAAACUUCACUCUAGAUCAGAUAAGAGAGGCCUCUAGUAUUGUUUAUGAGCAUGAUGAUUCCGAAACCACAGAUGACAGCUUCACUGUUCUUCUCACUGAUGGCAAAUUCACGGUGGAAAAAACUGUCAUUAUUAUGGUCAUCCCAGUGGACGACGAAACUCCAAGGAUGGCAAUUAAUGACGGCCUUGAAAUAGAGAUAGGCGACAUCAAAGAAAUCAACAACAAAGUUCUAAAAGCCACAGACCUGGAUUCAGAGGAUAGUACGCUAACGUAUGUUAUCCGUUAUGGUCCCAAUCAGGGAAUUUUACAAAGGAGGACGCCACUUGGAACACUAGAAAACAUAACGAUCGGAAUGAAUUUCACACAAAAUGAUGUUGACCAGGGUUUGAUUUUAUAUAUCCACAAUGGACAAGAAGGAAUACGUGACCUCAUCAAAUUUGAUGUCACUGAUGGCAUCAACCCACUGAUUGACAGGUACUUCUAUGUAACAGUUGGUGGAAUAGACAUGGUGUUCCCUGACGUGGUUAGCAAAGGGGUUUCUCUGAAAGAAGGUGGAAGAGUGACUCUAACCACAGACCUGCUCAGCACAAGUGACCUCAACAGCCCAGAUGAGCAUCUGGUCUUCACCAUCACUCGAGCUCCUAUGAGAGGCCACCUGGAGUGCACGGACCGCCCUGGCAUGCCCAUCACCUCUUUCACUCAGCUCCAGCUAGCUGGCAACAAAGUCUACUACAUCCACACUGCAGAUGAUGAAGUUAAGAUGGACAGCUUUGAGUUUGAGGUGACGGAUGGUUACAACCCCGUGUUCCGGACCUUCCGUAUCUCCAUAACAGACGUGGACAACAAAAAGCCUGUGGUCACCAUUCACGGGCUGGUUGUUAACGAGGGUAAGACUAAGUUAAUAACCCCUUUUGAGUUGACCGUGGAGGACCGGGACACUGUUGACAGGUUUCUGAAGUUCACCAUCACCCAGGUGCCUGUUCAUGGGAAGCUUCUAUUCAACAACACCAGGCCUGUCACCACCUUCACCAAGCAGGACCUCAAUGAGAACAUGAUCAGCUAUAAGCACGAUGGAACAGAGUCUGCAUCCGACAGCUUCUCCUUCACGGUCACUGAUGGAACCCACACAGACUUUUACGUCUUCCCCGACACAGUUUUUGAAACGCGCAAGCCACAAGUGAUGAAAAUCACAAUUCUUUCUGUGGACAAUGGCGUUCCACAGAUUGUGGUUAACAAGGGUGGUACGAUGCUGAGAACGCUGCCCACUGGUCACCUGGGCUUCUUGAUCACCAGUAAAGCUCUGAAGGCUGAGGACAGAGACAGCCAUCAUGGAGCCGUGACUUUUAGAGUCACUGUGGGUGCAGAGCACGGCUACCUCAUCGAUCUGGGCAAAGGAAACGCCACCAUCACCACGUUCACACAAGCUGACAUUGAUGACAUGCACGUAUGCUACGUACUUCGAGAUGGAAACAAUGCCACCAGCGACACCUUCUAUUUCUCCAUUGAAGACAAUGGAGGCAACAAGCUGAAGAACCAGCAGUUCCGGCUGACCUGGGCCUGGAUCUCUCUGGAGAAAGAGUACUACCUGGUGGAUGAAGAGGCCAAAGUGCAGGAGGUGGUGCUGAAACGCAGGGGCUAUCUCGGAGAAACGUCUUUCGUUAGUAUUGGUACCAAAGAUGGGACGGCAGAGAAGGACAAAGACUUUCGAGGCAAGGCCCAGAAACAAGUCCAGUUCAACCCUGGUCAGACCAGCGCCACGUGGAAGGUGCGGAUCCUCUCCGACAAUCUGUAUGAACAGUCUGAAACCUUCCAGAUCGUUCUCUCUGAGCCUGUGAUGGGGGCUCUGGAGUUCCCUCAGGCAGCCACGGUGGAGAUAGUGGACCCUGGAGAUGAGUCCACAGUGUUCAUCCCUUCGGCUACAUACUCAAUAGAGGAGGACAUUGGAGAGCUUCUGAUUCCUGUCCGCAGGUCAGGGGACGUCAGUCAGGAGCUGAUGGUCAUCUGUUUCACACAGCAAGGCACAGCUACUGGCACUGUCCCCACCACUGUGCUGUCCUACUCGGACUACAUCUCGCGCCCCGAGGAGCACAGCAGCGUCCUACGCUUCGACAGGGACGAGACGGAGAAAGCCUGCCGUGUGGUGGUGAUAGAUGACUCUCUCUACGAGCCGGAGGAAAGCUUUAACGUCACCCUCAGCAUGCCAAUGGGUGGCCGGCUGGGUCAGGAGUUCCACACCACCAGAGUCACCAUCCUGCCUGACUCAGAUGACGCUCCAGUGUUCUAUUUUGGGGAUGUGCAGUACCAUGUGGACGAGAGUGACGGCUAUGUGGAGGUUCGGGUUUGGAGGACAGGAUCUGACCUCUCUAAGACGGGCACGGUUACUGUGCGCUCCCGAAAAACUGACCCCGUUUCUGCUGAAGCUGGUGAGGACUAUGUGGGGAUCAGUAAGAAUUUGGACUUUGCUCCAGGCGUCACCAUGCAGACGUUCCGGGUGACCAUCCUGGACGACCUGGGUCAGCCUGUGUUGGAGGGUCCAGAGAAGUUUGAGCUGGUGCUGCGUAUGCCCAUGAACGGCAUCCUGGGAGAGCCCGGGAAAAGCACCAUCUUCAUCAACGACUCUGUUUCAGACUUGCCUAAAGUUCAGUUCCGAGAUGUGACAUACACAGGAAACGAGAACGAUGGGAAGAUUACGGCCAUCAUUUACCGCAGCGGUGACCUGAGCUACAGGUCCAGCGUACGCUGCUACAGCCGUCAGGGUUCAGCCCAGGUCAUGAUGGACUUCAACGAGAGGCCCAACACAGACGCUUCCAUUAUCACUUUCUUACCAGGAGAAGUGGAGAAGCCAUGUACUCUAAUUCUAGUUGAUGAUACGGAGCAUGAGGAAGUCGAGGAGCUGAGGUUGGUGCUGGGGAGCCCCAAAAGCGAGUCUCCGUUUGGGGCGUCCAUCGGAGCUCAGAAUGAGACGCUUAUCAAGAUAAAGGAUGAUGCUGACAAGGCCAUUAUCAGGUUUGGGGCGACCAAAUUCAGCGUGAGUGAGCCCACUGAGUCUGGACAGGUCUCUGUGGUGAAGAUCCCUGUGCAGCGUGUAGGGGACACCUCCAAAGUGUCGGUGGUCCGCGUCCAUACCAAAGAUGGCUCUGCGUCCUCUGGAGAAGAUUACCACCCAGUGUCAGAAGACAUUGAAUUUGAGGAAGGGGAGACGGAGCACACGGUGGAGAUUGAGAUUCUGUAUGAUGGCCUGCGCGAGAUGAGAGAAGCAUUUACGGUCCAUCUGAAGCCGGACGAGAACAUGGUGGCUGAGAUCCAGAUGACCAAAGCCAUCGUCUACAUUGAGGAAAUGAACAGCAUGGCUGAUGUGACCUUCCCCGCAGUGCCAGUGGUCAUAUCCCUCCUGCAGUACGAUGACACCAGCAGUGCCCGAGACAGCCAGCCAGCUGCCGGCUACCCCGUCGUCUGCGUCACAGCUUGCAACCCCAAGUACCCGGACUUUGACCGCACCGGCUCCAUUUGUGCAGGCGAACACAUCAACGACACGCUGACACGAUACCGGUGGCUCGUCAGCGCUCCCACAGGGCUGGACGGGGUCACCAGCCCCAUGAGGGAAGUGGACUUCGACACUUUCUUCACCUCCUCCAAAAGCAUCACGCUGGACUCUGUGUACUUCCAGGCCGGCUCGCGGGUGCAGUGCGCAGCUAGAGCGGUCAACUCCAACGGGGACGAGGGUCUGGAGCUCAGCAGCUCCAUUGUUUCCAUCAGCGUAGAGGAGGGUCUGUGCCAGCCUCGAGUGCUGGGCGCAGUGGGCGCUGAGCCUUUCUCUGCCAAACUCCGUUAUACUGGACCAGAAGACCUGGAUCACCCAAAUCUCAUCAAACUGACCGUCACCAUGCCACACAUAGAUGGGAUGCUGCCUGUGGUGUCCACUCGUCCACUCUCCAACUUCGAGUUGACUCUGAGUCCAGACGGGACACGGGUGGGUAACCAUCGCUGCUCCAACCUGCUGGACUACAAUGAGGUGCGCACACGCCACGGUUUCAUCACCGAAUCCACCCGCAACCCAGAGGCCAUCGGAGGCACAGCGCCUUACCAGUACAGCGCCACCCUGAGGGGCCAGAGCACACUACGCUUCUACAGGAACCUCCACCUGGAGGCGUGCCUGUGGGAGUUUGUCAGCUAUUACGACAUGUCCGAACUGCUCAGCGACUGCGGGGGGACCAUCGGCACAGAUGGGCAGGUGCUGAAUCUGGUGCAGUCCUAUGUGACCCUGCGUGUGCCGCUGCAUGUGUCCUAUGUGUUCCACUCCCCGGUGGGUGCGGGCGGCUGGCAGCACUUCGACCUGCAGUCUGAGCUUAGGCUCACUUUUGUGUACGACACUGCCAUCUUGUGGAGGGACGGCAUCGGCAGCCCACCAGAGGCAGAGUUACAAGGAGCUCUGUAUCCCACAAGCAUGCGCAUCAAUGAACAAGGCCGUUUGGUGGUUAAUUUCCGCACAGAAGCCCGCUUCAGGGGACUGUUUGUGACUUCCCACCCUGCCUCACCUUUGACCUCCAUGAUAAUGUGUGCGGACCACCCUGGGCUGACCUUUAACCUCAGCCUGGUGAGGAGUGAGCCCACCUACAACCAGCCCAUGCAGCAGUGGACCUUCGUCUCUGACUUCGCUGUGAGGGAUUACUCAGGAACCUAUACAGUGAAGCUUGUGCCCUGCACUGCACCUCCAAGUGUGGAGUACACUCUGCCCCCAGUGUGUAAUCCCAGAGAGCCUGUCACCUUUGACCUGGACAUACGCUUCCAACAGGUGAGCGACCCAGUAGCAGCAGAGUUCAGCCUGAACACACAGAUGCUGCUGUUAUCUAAGAGAACCCUGUGGCUGUCAGAUGGCUCCAUGGGCUUUGGACAAGAGAGCGACACUGCAUUCUCUGAGGGUGAUGUUAUCUAUGGCCGUGUCAUGGUGGAUCCUGUACAGAACCUUGGAGACUCAUUCAUCUGUAACAUUGAGAAGGUGUUCCUCUGUACGGGAACAGACGGUUAUGUGCCGAAGUACAACCCUGACGACUUUGAAUACGGCUGCCUGGCAGAUGCUCCAUCGCUGCUGUACAGGUUCAAGAUCAUUGACAAAGCUCAGCCAGAGACUCAGGCCAGGACGUUUGGUAGCAUUAGCUUCAAUGCUCUGCUAGCUGUUGACGACCCUCAGGCUUUGGCCUUAGUGAGGCAGCCGGGAUCAGAUGGCUUUAGGCUGGAUUCAGCAGCCCUGUUUCAGGUAUCUGUGGGCAGGGAGUGGUACAUCCACACCAUCUACACCGUCCGCUCCAGAGACAAUGCUAACCGAGGCAUCGGAAAGAGGAGUGUGGAAUAUCAUCAAGUAACUCAACACCGCCGCACACUUCAGACCAGCUCCACUCGAUCCAGAAGGUCCGCCGAUGUACCGGCUCUGGCUGAGGAGAUCGGUUUGGAGAACGAUCGAGGCACCAACAUCCUGCAUAUCGCUCUGGAUCGCAGCAGCCAGCGGCAGCCUCGGCCCAAAAUCAACGUCCAAAACGUGGUCCAUCCUACAGUGUCGACACCCAGAGAGACCGCUGAGGAUGACCUCUUAAUGAUCAUAGGAAUUGUGGUGGGUCUUCUCUUGACUGUCCUCCUUCUCGUGCUUGUGGUUCUGUUGGUACGGUCCAGACGGGAGAAGAAGGGCAGUGAGCCACCAAAAGGCUCCAGCAGUACAGAGCCCAUGAUGACUCAUGUCGUGAAUAGUAAUGACAGCUCUGAGGUGUGACCGUUUCUUUGCCAAGAGUUUCACCAAGUGGACACUCAUUAGAACCGCUUUUGUUUUGCAAGUGCCUCUUAUUUAUGUACUAAGACUUUGACGAGUAAAAGAUUUGAAGUGACUUAGAAGAGUUAAAACCAGAGCAGAACAUCGACCCAACGUUCUCCAACAAACACCGACAAAUCCAAAUGCUGGGUUGGUGUGCAAAUACCUGAGUGUGAUGGUAGGGAAACUCUAGAAUGUUUCACUCUAUUCACACUGUUCUUGAAUGUUCUCUGCCAUUCACACUGUUCUAGAAUGUUCUCCCCAUUUUGACUGCUCUACCAUGUUCUCCCUUUUUCACAUGGUUCUAAAAUGUUCUUGACCUAGUCGCACCAUUCUAGAUUGUUCUCCACCCACUCAUGUAGUUUUAGAAUGUCGUCCCCAUUCACAAUGUUCUAGAGUGUUCUCUCUGUUCACACAGGUCUAGUAUGUUCUCCACCCAUUCACACUGUUCUAUAUUGUUCUCAAGUUCUUAACUCACUCACACUGUACUAGAAAGUUCUCUACCCAUUUACACUCCUCUAAAAAGUUCUCAAGUCAUUUACACUGUUCUAGAAUGUUGUUCUCUUUCACGUUGCUCUAAAAUAUUUUCUCCAUACACACUGUUCUAUAAUAUUCUCCAGCAAUUCUCGUUGUUCUAGGAUGUUCUCCCCAUUUAGACUGCUCCAGCAUUUUCCCCCUCAUUCACACAGUUCUAAAAUGUUCUUGCCCCAUUUACUACAUUUUAGAAUGUUCUCCACCCACUCAUGCAGUUUUAGUGUUGCCUCCAUUCACAAUGUUCUAGAGUAUUCUCUCUGUUCACACGUCUUGUAUGAUUUCCACUCAUUCACGCUGUUCUAUAUUGUUCUCUUCGAGUUCUCCUCUCAUUCAUACUGUACUAAAAGGUUCUCUGCCCAUUUCCAUUCCUCUAGAAAGUUCUCCAGCCAUUUACACUCUUCUAGAAUGUUCUUCUC